CCGUGGGAUUGCCUGCAUGCGUUAUUGAGUUUUGUUUGGCGUUUGCCUUUGAACAACCAGAUAUAAGUAGUCAUAGAUCCAUGGGUCCAGGUUUUGCGUUGAGUGUCGCAGGCAGUUACGGGAUAUAGUGCUAAAGCUCCAGGUGGAUGGGCAGGACAGCAAGCAGCACAAUGUCGUAUCCGCUGCAUAUUCAGGAGCAUCCGAUUCCAGGCCGACGCUAUGCGAGAUGUGGCCGUGGUGCCUAUGAGGACAAAGUGGCCAAAAUGCGGAUGAGAGAAGACAACUAUUACAAGGUGUGGAAUGAUGUGGUCCAGUACUAUGACACAAUGGAUAUUAAGACCAAAUCGCAUAGCAAAUGGGCUUCGAACGAGUUCUUCGUCACAAGCUAUCAGAACUACUGUCAGCAGGAGCUGGCCAGGCAGGCCGACGCCAACCUGGAGGCGCGCCGGCAGAAGCUGAAGACCAAGCUGCAGCAGGAGGACGACGUGUAUAAGCUGGAGCUGUCGCAGCUGCCGCCGCACUGUCGGCUGCGCGCCUGCCGCUCGGAGAUGGACGAGUACCGGCAGCGGCAGCAGCGCGUGGAGGCGAUGCGCGCCCAGCUGGAGCAGGUGCAGCGUGAACAGGAGCAGAAGCGGCUGGAGCAGGCCCGCCAGCGGCUGCAGCAGCACUGGCGAGUCAACAACGCCGUCCUGCGCCAGGUUGAGUCAGAACGCUUAACUGAAGGUGCCAAGCUAAUGUGGGAGCAGCAGAUCAGGGAGAAGUUAGAGAGGGAGCGGCUUCAGAAGGAGAAGGAUGAGGAGGAGGAGGCCGAGCGUCGGAGGCGCCUGGAGGAGGACAAGCGCCGGUUGAAGGAGGAGGAGGCGGCCCGGGAACGGAGUUUGCACGACGCCCAGGAGUUCCUCAAGAAACAGAUGGACGAAAUAAGGCAGCGGGAGAAGGCGGAGGCAGAGCUGCGGGACCAGGAGCGCGAGCUGCUGGACCGGCAGCGGCAGAUCGAGGCGGCCAUCGAGCGGCGACAGGAGGUGGAGCGUCGCCGACAGUGUCGACAGCUGAGUCUGUUCCAGGCGCAGCAGUGUAACGCCAAGCUGCGUCAGCGCUCGGCCCAGGUGGAGGACGCGCUGCGGGACGAGCGAGACUUCCUCGACUCGCUCAUGGCCUCAGGGGACCGAGACCGUCUGAAGCUGGCCGAGGCGGCCGAGCGGGCCGAGGCGCACCAGCUGCGGCAGGUGCUGCAGCAGCAGCUCGACCUGGAGCAGGCCAGGCGCCGCCAAAUGGAGGUGCUGUUCAAUGAGGAGGCGGAGCAGGUGUGGCGGCGACGCGAGGCCGAGUGGGCGCGCGAGGAGGCGGCGCGCCGCCGUCUGGUGGCCGACGUGGUGGCCACCUGGCGGCAGCAGAUGGAGGCGCGCCUGGAACAGUGUCGCGCGCAACAGCGGUGCGAGGCCGAGCUGCGCGAGACGGCCGCCGCGCAGGCCGAGCAACAGGGUCGCUUCGUGCAGCAGACGGAGGAACUACGCCGCCAGCGCCAGGCCGAGCUGCGCGACAGCUGGGGUCGACAGAUUGAAGAAAAGACGCGACGUCGGGACGAGCAGCUGAGGGAGGAGCAGGCCGACCUGCAGGAGCAGCAGCAGCACGACCAGCAGGAGGUCUGCCGGCUGCGGGAGGAGCUGGACCGCAUGCAGUUCGAGUCCAGGUCCUUUAAUCAGUAUCGCGACCACCGGCCCACCCGUAAGCUGGCCUGGUGAGACGUCCUCCGCUGUUCGGACCGCCGGCGACCUGUGGAUCGGCCUGGUGGGCCCGGCCGCCGACCUGUGGAGCGGACCGGUGGUCCCGGCCGCCGAUCUGUGGAGCGGUCCGGUGGUCCCGGCCGCCGACCUGUGGAGCGGACCGGUGGACCCACCGCCGCGGGCGCCGCCGCUCACACCCAAUCGUUACGGGAUCUGGUGCCUUCUUGUGAACGCUCGUAGACCGCCAGAAACGCUGUGUUGGAACGUAUCUCACUGCCGUUUGCCUCGGACGCUCCGUCCGCCGUGUGGGUGUGGUCGGUUACGGCGGGAGCGAAGUGGAUUAGUGUGGUGUGUGUUUGCGUGAUAUUUACGCCUGUGCCGACGACUGAGUGUGAGCAAUGCUCAAGGGGGCGUCACGUGGGUAGGUGUUUGCUGCGUGGCCUUUCGCCACGUCCAUGGCGCGGCCUGGUCGCUCGAUAUCCAACAAAGCCGGUCGCGGUCGGUGAUGCUCCAAAGAAAAAAUCCCGAGGAAC